UGAAGAUACAUCUUUGUGGCGACACUUUGACGACACGAUGGAGGCGAUACCGCCUCCAUCGCUUCGAUGCCGUCGCAUGUGGCGCUUAGUAGGGGAUGGUACAAUGAAAAGUAGACCUCUUGUAUGAGGGCUGUGUAGGCGUUGAGUCCCCCUGGCGAAGACGUCGUCAAGUACCGCGUGUGUCGCCGAUGUGGCAACUACAGCCGUACAUCAAGCGUAGCUGCCAUGAAAAACUCUUUGCUGCUUGCUCCUCUCUCAGCCCGGCAUGCCUUAGACGCUUCGGGGCUUCCCACGGAGGCGGCGUUGCUGGACAAGGCCAUCAGCUUUCCCUGCCGCAGCCGUACGAACGUCUAGUUGGCCUAGAACGUGGAGACGGUCAAAUGCUACACGAGAAGCAACAACUACGGAUGACCGGAUAAAAAGAGAGCCAUGCAAAGAUGUGGUUGUCUAUUUGAAUUAGACACACUCAAGAUGGAGCCGAGCAAGAGGAUCCAGCUUACACUAGCAGCGCUCGCCGUCCUUGCUCAAGCGGCCUGUGGUCUGGACGCCUGGGUCAAGUUGAACUCGUCUCCAACCAGCUUCGAGGUGAAGCUGGGACGCCCCAAUGCUAGUGACAAAGUUGCAGCCUGGGGUUCUUUCCACAACGCCAUAAACGAAACCGGGUUCAGUUUUCUGGAAAUUUAUACCAACGCGGAGCUGGCGGACGAGCACCAGGCGUACGCAGCCGGAUUCUUGGAGGGCUAUGUCACACGAGACCUGAUCCGCAUGCACUUCAACAACAUCUGGGCCAACUACUGCGACGACGAGCAAGCCUACUGCAAGAGGCUAUAUACCUUCCUCCGAAAAAAUGACAUGUUCAUGCGUAAAAACAUUGCUAAGUACCGCAAGAAGAAGAGUGCGUACUGGUAUCAGGUGAAUCUCGUACUUCUGCAGCUGAACGGUAUGGAGGAUGGUAGAACACUGGAACUCAAGCAAUCUUUUCCCAGCGAGCCCGACUUCAACAUCACCGACACGCUGUUCUUGAACUUGCACGGUGACGUGCAAGAUCUGGAGAUGGUCUUGAAGCGGCGCGUGAUCAGCCGGGUGACAGGUGAUGGGUCGUGCUCUGCUCUUGUGAAGGUUCUGCCCCUGCACAAGGACCUGUACGUCGCGCAUAACACGUGGACUAAGUACUCCAGCAUGUUAAGAAUCCUCAAGAAGUACAGGCUGCCCUACCGCGAGGCACCCGGUUCAGAGAAGUUUAUACCGGGCCACACGAUGACGUUCUCAUCAUAUCCCGGCAGGAUCUUCUCCGGUGACGAUUUCUACCUCAUUUCAUCGGGUCUGGCCACCAUGGAGACUACCAUUGGCAACGAAAAUGAUUAUCUGUAUUUGUCCGUCACGCCUGAAUCCAACCUGGAGUUCAUCAGGAAUGUAGUGUCUAACCGACUGGCGUUCAGUGGCGAUGAGUGGACCAGGAUUUUCUCCCGGUACAACAGUGGCACAUACAACAACCAGUGGAUGGUGGUGGACUACAAACGGUUCAAGCCUGGGAUGGAGCUGGAAGACGGUCUUCUCUACGUGCUGGAACAAGUGCCUACCUGCAUCAACGUGACGGACGCUACCCAAACGCUGCGUGACCAGACCUACUGGGCAAGCUACAACGUGCCCGCCUUCCAAUACAUCUACAACAUUAGUGGCUGGUGGAGACUGGUGGAGAAGUACGGCGACUGGUUCACCUACGACAAGACACCGCGGGCGCUCAUGUUCUUGCGUGAUCACGUUAAGGUGCGAGACAUGGACUCCAUGAUCAAACUGAUGAGGUACAAUGACUACAAGAACGACCCACUGUCGCGUUGCAACUGCACGCCUCCCUACAGCGCCGAGAACGCCGUCUCGGCACGCAGUGACUUGAACCCGGCCGACGGCAUCUACCCAUUCCCAUCGCUGGAACACAGGUCGCAUGGAGGAACUGAUAUGAAGCUCACCAACUUCUCUCUGAUGGGAAGGCUCGAGUUCGUGGCUGUGAGUGGGCCGACCUGGGACCAGCAGCCUCCUUUCCGCUGGAGCACAUCCGAGCUCAAGGACCGCCACGAGGGCCACCCGGACCUCUGGAAAUUCGAGCCCUUCGUUCACCACUGGCUCUCGGCGAAACCGGAUUUCAUAUAAAGAAAAAAAAAAUAUCCGCGACUCAGUAACCCCUGGCGCGGCACUUAUUUUAUUUUGCUCGAACGAGCUGCUUUACUCUGCUAGCCACCACAGCUGUGCAAAAUUUCGAGGACGCUUAAGCUUCGCCUUUAAGAGCGGAACGCGAUGGCAUUCAAAGACCCCUAGCUGCUCUUCAUGCUUCCCGGCAAUUGCAGCUGAUGUAACCGUGACGUUUGCCGGGAAACGCUGGCGGCGAACGCUAUGCACGAAGGCAAGCUCUCUGCUGGAAACGCCGCCUCUUGCGCAGGUCGAUCUCCUGUGAUUGUUUCGUGAUUUUAAUUUUUCAGUCUGAGAAGAGCUAACAUAAAAGGUUGCGCUGUCGGUGUUUUCUUUUCAUUACAUUUGUUUGUGGGCUGCCGUUCUCAAAAUUCCGAGGAAUAAGUUUGUAAAGAAUGAAAGACAACGUAUGAGCAACUUUGGUGGUAGAAGAGUGGCUGGAUGUGCGUGGUUCGGAAUUGUGUUCGACAUUUUUUUUCGCCCUAGUCAAUGGGUAUACCACAAAUCAACUAUUAGUUUCGUACAAUGAAAUGUAUUUUUUCCUUAUAGAUUCAAUCAUCAUUCAUUUUGCUGAGAAAGUAGCGGAGCAAUGAAAGGGUGCAUUUCAGAAAGCGUAUCAGGUCGAGUCCUUGCUCGCUUAGGAUCGCAAUAUUAUUGUUUUCUCUAUGAGCUGUUAACCAGUCCCGACCAGGAACUGCACCCAUAUCUAGAUGUCAUAAUUUUGCGCCCAAUUAACAGCGGCUGUGUGUUAGUGUGAUGUCACAGAUUGGAAACCAUUUAUCUGUUCCUGUUCAUAUACUGUUCUCAAAGCUGAUUAGGUUAGGCGUCUGUGUGCUUUAGACGGCAAUGUGAUUUUUUUUAUUCAUAAGCUGUUAACCAGUCCAGAACAUGCACUACACAAAUCUCAUGACGUCGCAAAGAGCAUGAAGGGGCUUGAAACACGGCUUUUGUUUUCACAUCGCUACCAAGAUUGCACUCACGGUUAAGGCUGAAGGUUCUUGCGUUGAAAGGCUGCACUGCCGACACUUCCGCAUACUCUAAACAUGCAAAAAUUAGAUAUC